GGAGGACAGAACCAGGAAGUAGCUGAUUCUCCUGAGAGGUGAAGGAUCUGGCACGGAUGUUUUCAGCUAAAGCAAUCCUGGAUAAAACAAUCUGCUUGAAGGAGGAAAGAGACAAAGAAGAUAAGCCGUCAUGGAAGAAACUCACCAUGUCCAACAAAAGCCUCCAAACUUGCUUCUGCGGUUGGUCCAAAAUGACAACUUACCAGGGCCUGAGGACUCACCAGGGGAAGAUGGGAUGCACACCAAAGGGAAUGACUAUUCCUGARAGCGAACAAUUCCAUUACUUUCCAAAAAUUGCCAUUUUACCACCUCCAGGUCCACUCGAUCCUUUCAUUGACUUCUUCAAGACUGCUCUAAACUCCGAGAGUCAACACUUACUCUUCAAGAGUCACUGGGGAGAAUAUGAUGAAAAGAACAUUAUUCCAAUUCUGAGCACUUCAGAUAAARAGGAGAAACCCCUUGGUUCUUCUAAGCGCCUCACUCAAAUAGACCCUGCACCUCAACAAGCCCCAGGACUGGAAAUAUUCAAACCACUGGACCAAACUAACCAACAAGCUCUACAAAUGGACCGAAACUUGGACAAAAACCAGAGCGCUCCUGGUUCAAUCUUUGGUCCACAGAAUCUCGAUAUCAGACCACCGUCUAAGAUCUUUACCACUUUGAUGGUCCCUCCCAACACACAAACCUCAGUGUUUAAAGUUGAGCAGCAAGCUCUACAAAUGGAUGCAAAUUUGUCCAAAACCUCUAAAGCUCCUGAAUUUAGCUUUCAUAAACAGCAGGUGAAUUUGAUGCCCCAAUCCCAGAUCUUUACGAURAUUCCUCCAACCACAAAAACUCCAUUUGAAGACUCAAAGAAAACACUCUUUCAGACUCCACCUCGCUCACAUCAGAGCUCAUCAGGCUCGGAAAAAGCUYGCAGAACACUGGACUUUUCCACUCCACCUUUGAAGGUGGAACAACCACGGUGCACGCCAACAACCACAGUUCAGGAAACAGUGAUCCAACAAAACCAGAGGGACAAAGAAGCUGAAAGACUGCUGAAGGUAAUCCAAGACAGGAUGAGAGCAGAUUUACAGCUGAAGGUUCAGCUCACAGAAGAAAAGAUGGCUGAAGUCAGCUCGUCUGUAAAAACCUGCCAGGACAGUUUGGAUGCUGAGUGGAUGGAGAUUAACAACGUGUUCUUAGAGGUGAUCAGAGCCGUGGAGGACGCGCGGCAGAAAGCACUCGAUCCUGUGGAGAAAAGGAGACUGAAAGUGAAAAGARACGCACAAGAUCUGCUGCAACAGCUGCAAAAAGAAACUGAUAGACUCAAAAACUCACUCGAUGAGUUGGACAGAAACCCAGACCUGCAGGUUUCUCUUCUCUCGGGUCUGGAUGAGUCUACAGCUUGGAAAAGGUUCAACAUUGACACCUCAUUUUCUUUUGGCACUCUGAGAGCUACAACAGCUACCAUGUUGAAGGAGAUCCAACAGAAACUAGAAAACCUGACCUCCCUGGAGCUCAAGAGGAUCCCAGUGUUUGCAGAGGACGUAAAGCUGGACUCAGUCACAGCCCAUCAGUGCCUCAUUCUGUCUGAUGACAGGAAGAAAGUAAGGGACGGAGGAUUGGCGCCCAAACUCCGUGAUCAUCCAGAGAGGUUCGAUAUGUUCGGGAGCGUCCUCGGGAUAAACAUCAUAACUUCUGGAAAGUCUUACUGGGAGGUAGAGGUUGGCAAAAAAACGGGCUGGGACCUGGGUGUGGCGCGCCGCAAAGCAAAUCGCAAAGGGAUCCUGGCAGUGAACUCUGACAAUGGUUACUGGGUGAUGGUUCAUUAUGAAGACAAAAAGUAYGCAGCAAUGACCAUGCCACCCAUCAGCCUUCCUCUGAGGCAGAAACCACAGAAAGUUGGGGUUUUUGUCGACUACGAGGAUGGUCUYGUGUCCUUUUACGACAUGACUAAUCUGUCUCACAUUUUCUCCUUCACUGAGUGUUCAUUUAGAGAUGAGAUUGUCCCAUAUUUCAGUCCCCAUCUGAAACUAAAUGAUAAAAACAGUGAUCCUCUGGUUAUAUCUGCAGUGCAGAAGCAGUAAUGUACAUCAGCGGACAUUUGGUAAGUUAGGGUGGACAGAAUAUACUGUACCAUUUUCAAGUCAWGUAUAGUUUAUGUUCAUUUAUGCAUUUUGAGCCAUAAUUAUAUGUUUAAGAAAUUCUGUAAUUUUAAGUAAAAUAAUGAUUUAAUAAGGUUUUUUCUGACAGACUCGUUUUAACAGUUUGUAGAUGUAAGAAGAGUCUUUAGAUCUGAAAAUAAACUUUUAAUUGAGAACUCA